AUGGAAGAACCUCCUCUACCCUCUCCGCAAGCUUCUGUUCGCUCAUUACCGAGCGUCCGUUGCCGCUGUAGAGCGCACAAAGAAGACCACAUCGAUUACGAUAUCAACGAUAUGGUGGAUUUUCUCUCAGAGUCCCUCCAGAAUGUUAUCGAUCCUUACUCUGUUGAAGAACUCGAAGGAGAUAUUGAACAUCUCAUUUUCACUAGCAAUGCACCAAAAAAGUUCAUAUUUGAUGCCAUGGACUUGAUGCAUAAAUGGCUGUGGCUCUAUGCCAAGAUUCCCGUGGAAUACGCGGUUGGCAUAGACGUCUUCAUCGUUUGCCUCAAGAUUUCGAAGGACUACAACCACAGGGUGCGUUAUGAACUGGCCGACUGGGCCUUCUGUAUGGGAUUUGGCUUGAGCUCUCUAGAAUAUCACGAAGCACAUCUGCUACGCUUUGCCCUUUGGUUGGCUCAGAGCUCGGAAUAUGCAGGCUGUGCCAUUUCUCGAAGGUGGAAGAAAGCGUGGAAGCAGUUCCUAAAGCGGCGUGCGAAGGGUAAGAAACGUGCCAAGACCGUUUGA